CUUCCUCUCUUACCAUCUUGACCGUACUCUAUCUCAUCAAUAUCUGCCGCGCAGAGGUGCAGCAGCAGCAACGUGUAUCAGGUCAGAUUGCGACCUGCAGGAGGAAUCACAGCCUCAAGGAGCUAGAUUAUCUUAUAUUUCAUCGGAAGACCGCACUCUUCAUCAUAGUUUUUUCGUUUCGCCCUUUCGUUUCGCAUGUCGAGGCCUGGAGGGCGACGUGAUCACUCUGUCUCGCUCUCUACGACGGCCACGAUCACCGUGACGGCGAUGGAUACGUCCACAACGACAACGACGGCAACAACUGCUGCCACCACUUCUUCACUACCCUUGACAGCAGAAUUUUCUUUCAAGGCGCCGUUCCCAGCUUCAUCUACGUCAACCUUUCACGUUUCACCACUGAAGCAUCGCAGGACCUCAUUGGCGCUGCCUUCAUCUCCUAAACUCGUGCCAGCAUUUAGCUUCCGUGAUGAUACGAGCCUCGAAUCUCAUGUCGCUGAGACCUGUCUCGUUCCAGAGAAACGUGGCAAGCUGAGGAAGAUAUCGGCGGAUGCGGAGAGUGAUGACUGGCAGCAGGCGACGGAGAAGAAGCUGAGGAAGAAAUGGUCUGCAGAGGAAACGCAGAUGCUUGUUGACGGGUGCAACAAGCAUGGUGUUGGGAACUGGAAGGCAAUUCUGAGUGAUCCUGACCUCAAAUUUGAUAACCGUUCCCCAGUUGACCUUAAAGACCGAUUUCGUACAUACUUUCCUGAUGCCUAUAAACAGCACUACCCCAAUGCGCGCACACAUCUUUCUAGCAAAGUUCGCUCUACUCUCCCCGAUGGCUCCUCUCUCUUUGAGAAAACGCGCAGUAAAAAGCGGCGGCCUUUCACUGAGGAAGAGGACCGCGCUCUCAAGGCUGGCUACGAGAAGCACGGCACGAUCUGGGCAACUAUUGUGAAAGAUCCCAUCUUUCAAGAGCAGAAUCGCCGGUCAACAGACUUGAGAGACCGCUUUCGGAAUGCGUUCCCGGAGCUGUACAUGGCCGCUGGCUACAAACCGCGCAAUGCAGCAAAGAAGAAGGGUGCAGACAGCUCAAAGGUUCUCAUUCGAGCUGCGACGGAUGACCAGCUUUCCAUGUCGACGUCGGGUCCCAGUAUGCACCGGCGAAAGAGGAGGAACACCAGUCAAGGACUACUUCGAGGAGGGACGAAGAGUGUCCCCCAGAGUACGGCCCCUUCUGAGGAUGAGGCUAGUUCCGGUGGGGAAGAGGAUGAUCCAGUUGUAAAACCAUUCAAGCCCAUUGGAACGUCCGUCAUGACUAUCAAGAAGGCCGCUUCGACUGUUCCUUCGACCAAUCUUCUUCCUGAUGAUGAUGAUAUGGAGUUGAUUCCCUUCGACCCUCUCCCUGAUACAUUCACUGCCCUUGCGAACUCAUCUCAAUCAGAGAUUGACUCCCAGUCCCAGGCCUGGUCUUCAGGACUCGAUACUCCUGUUCACUCUUCACACCAUGCCUGGACAGGGUCCCCAACGUCGUCCCAUAUGUCUGAUUAUCUUUUGAGUUCCUCUCAUUCUUCGCCCUUCCAACACCGUAGGAACGAAGCGGUAGUAGGUGGCAUUGGCAUGAUUGGGAAAAGCGCUUGGGGAACACAAGAUUGGUUCUCAGCGAAUCCGCGUAUGGAUUCUAGCGGGAGUGGAACAUCAUCUUCAUCUUAUCUUGAGAACAGCUUCUCGCCUUCAUCACCGUUCUCCUUUAAUCAUCUCAACUAUGGAGUAGUGGAUCGAUAUGAUCUUGUACCUACUUCAUUCUCCCAGGAUUUCAAUUCCGAGGUCGGGUCAUCAUCAUUGUCUGAUGAGGUGUAUCCACCCCGAAGAGAAUAUCAUUCGGAUUACGCUGGAGAUCUCAUUUUCAGUACGCGAACACAAUCGCAAUCCUCGUACGAUUCUUCUUCAUUCACUUUCGGGCUUGGGCUCUCUGGUAUAACCCAGUCAACUGGUAUACACCCUAUGCAACUCCAUACGCCGGCCUUACCGGGGAUUGAUGAGAUCGAGCUCACGGGCAUAUCGCUAACCGACCAACCCGACAGUCUUCCUAUGGAAGAUUCACUUCUACCGCCCGACGUCGCCAUGUCUCCCGAACCAAAGGACGAAGACGCCUCAUCAUUCCUAAUGGAACAGCGAUUCAGCCUGGAUGAUCUUGUUGAUCUUUCUCGUGAGCUGCACACGACCCCACCCGGAACCCCUCAGACACGCUCGCGACACCGAUCAACCAUCAAUCAGUUUGGGGUCCACGGCCGAUCGAUAUCUGUACCACCAUCCGAGCGCAUGACUGUCCAUAAUCACUUGUCGGCCCGUCCCGCCCAAGUUCAUACCAACCCGCAGCCCGAAUUACGUCCAUUUUCCCCCUUCGCCACGGGCCACCAAUUCACUGCCUCUUCCCCAUUACCUGCGCCUCCUGCACCCCAGUCGUUUUCCUCCCUGUUCCCCUCUUCUAGCUCGUCCUCCGUGAAUCAGGACAUCUCGCGAACAGCGAACGACAUCUACGACUUACCGUUCCUUGAUUUGCAUUACCAUUAUAAUACGCAGGGAUUAGACGCAUCUGAUCAUAUGGAGUCGCAGAACCAGAAUCAGGCGUUGGACUUGGCCCAAUCGGUGGCUUCGUCGACGGCAAAGAAUCAGACACAGCACCCGACUACCCCGUUGACGGUGAAGAAGGUGUUGAGCAAUGAAAGUGUUCCACAGGCUCUUGAAGGACUCGAAAAGGUCAAGAGUUCUGUGGAGCCUAGGCAUCACCGUGGACACAGCGCUGUGGUUUGUCCGCAGGAUCUGGUGCUGAAGAGCGAAACCAACAAGCGCAAGCGGUCGAGUUGGGAUGGGGCGCAUUCUUAGGAUGCAUUUCUCUUUUUCGCGAACUUUUAUUUGGCAUUUUCAUUAUUCGUUUUGUGCAUAGUUAUCAUCUCAUCAUUAUCAGACCGUCUCGUAGCAUACAUUACUUUUUUUGUUCUUCAAUGGAUCUCACAAUGCAAUGGAUAGGAAUGUUAGACUGACG